AUGACAAUUUUGCACAAGAAGUUCGUAGUUGACAAUUCAAAGUUGAAUAUUGGGCCAACAAAAAGUUUUAGAAUCUUAAAAGAGAAUGUUGGUGGAUAUGACAAUAUCGGAGCUUCAAAGCAAGAUUUCAAGAAUUUCUCAAGAGAUCUAAAAGCAUAUAUUGAUGGCUCUGAUGCUCAAAUGAAAAACUAUGCUUUGUUUGGGGAUAUGGUCUCCUUUGAUACCACUUAUGAGACUAACCGGUACAAUAUGGCAAUGGGAAAUAAUGAACCCACUUGUUUGAUAACGGACCAAGAUCCGGCGAUGAAAGUUGCAGUGAGGAAAGUGUUUAAAAAAACAGAGCAUCGGUUUUGCAUGUGGCAUAUAAUGGAGAAGGUGUCGCUCAAAAUGGACCGAGAUCUUCUUAAAGAAACUGACUUUCAUGAAAAGUUACGUUUAUGUGUGUGGGACCUAGGAUUGGAGCCUUUAGAAUUUGAAGAAAAAUGGAAUAAACUGAUUGAGUUCUACAUGCGCUUCGAAACUGCAAUGGAUUCACAAAGACACUCACAAGCUGAAUUUGACAAUGACUCCAAGAAUAAAUUUCCAGAAUGCAAGACACCAUUACUCAUUGAGAAGCAUGCUUCAGAGGUGUUUACUUGCUCUAUAUUUUAUCAGGUUCAAGAGGAGGUGUAUAAUGCUUGUUUUUCUUGUGGGAUUGAAGAGUUCAGAAGAGAAAAUGACUUGGAAAUUGCCAAGAUAAAUGAGGUGAAUCGUAAAAGAACUUUUGAGGUGGUGUUUAAUAACACCAAUUAUGAAACGAAUUGUUCAUGCAAGAUGUUUCAGAGACAUGGCUUACCUUGUAGGCAUAUGGUUUGGGUAUGGAAGGCAAAGAACAUAACCAUGAUUCCCGAUAAAUAG